GCAACCAAAGCGGUAUCUGGCGGCUAUAAGUGGUAAUAUUGUGGAUAAGGCAGUCUGUAUUAUUUUGACAUCUACUGCACUUGAUUCCCACAAUAACGUCAUUAUUUCAUAUUUUUCGCGGUUAAAAACGACGCAAAAGCAAGCCGCAAUAAUAAAUGGGUGCACCCCAGUUAUUCAGCCUAACCGUUUUCCGUCGGUAAUUGUCGCCCGCGUGACGUCACGAUUUCCGAGCAGCCGAUCGCUACAAACAAAAUGGCGGACCAGUUUUUGGCGGACCCAGGUUGUUCCGCGACAAAGAGACGUGGCCCUGGGCGACCCCGUAUCCCGUCACCGAUGAAGAGACAGAAGAAUAAACAGAAGUUGAGGACUCGUGUGAACUUGGGCAACACAUUUGAAGAGUGGAGGGCGCUACAACAGAGGCUAAACGUGCGGACGGAUCGCAAUCUCGCACGCAAACUGCUGGACAGCUUCAAGAAGAAGCCCGAGGAGUCUGUCCCCAGGACUUCAAGCCCCAAGCACAUGUUGCAGUCCCCCACUGGCCCUAGCCUCUUUGAUGAUGAGUCAAGUGUUGGGGCACCAUCAGAUGGUGACAGUUCUCCUGCUUCAAUCGUGGGAGAAAACAUUUGUUUGUCACCACGAGGUCAAGUCCUGGAUGCUGCUGUGAGCAGGUCACCACCAUGUGAAGUCCUAGAGAAUGCUUUGAGCAGGAGCGCUGAGAAGAGGCCUGAAAGCAGAGCACACAUUCAGGAUCCAGAGAAUGAGAAAGAAAUUAAUGCCCUGGAGAACAUUGGGAUUUCAGUGGAAGUCGAGGAAGAUAUGUCUGAGGAUGAUGACGAUUUCUCAGACUCUGAGGAGUAUUAUGAUGAUGUGAUGGGUGACCCUGACUAUGAGCCUCCUGCAUCACUCCGGGCAGCAUACAAGCUUUUGGACCGGGACAUUGAGACCUACGACAUCAUUACAGCAGAAGAGGAGGUUUUCUGCCACGACAUGGCUCCUGGAGUGGAGGACGGGUCAUUGGGUGAAGAGAGCUUGACCACUGACAAUGACCAGUCCAUUAACAAGGAGCAAGCCAUUGAUGAGUCAUUGAAGAAUCUCCCACGCGAAAUUAGGAUUGAACGCCCAGAAGACAUUGUGGAUGACAAGUGUUCUAUCAUCUACAAGAGGUGCCUCGAGCAGCUUAUCGGCUUCCUGGAGCUGCCUGAAGACAAGAGAAGGUGCCGUGAAUGUCCUGCCCCCGUUCCCCCGGUCCACCCCGUUGAAAACCCUGUUCCAUCUGUGCAGAUCGUGGCAAGUGGGAUGAUCGUCAAAUGGCACUGCAAAAAUGGUCAUCUAGUCUGGAGGUGGUUCACCCAGCCAAGACUGAAAUUCGGUGUGCAAGGAGGUGAUUUCAUGCAAGCCUCCAGCCUUCUGUUGUCGGGAAACAACUAUGGCAAGUACAGCCUGAUGUGCAAAUUCAUGAACUUGGGAUGUGUGAACGAGUCAACAUUUUACAAGAUUCAGAGGCAGUACUGUGUUGACACAAUCAACCAGUACUGGGUCAAACAACAGGAGGAAAUCGUCAGGGAUCUGAGGACCAAAGAAGAGGUCAUUCUCCUUGGUGAUGGCCGUAUGGACUCCCCGGGACACUGUGCACAAUACUGCACGUACACUGCCUUGGACAACGAAUCCAGGUCCAUUGUGGCUAUCGAAGUUGUGGACAAGAGGGAGACUGACAGAAAUUCCUCUGUGAUGGAGAAGGACGGCUUCAAAAAAGCCAUGGACGACCUCCUCGACAAAGGUGUUCCCAUCACAGAGGUGUGCACGGAUGCACAUCCCCAAAUCUCUUCACUGAUGAGGCCUGACAAAGGGGUGUAUGGUAAAAAAGGCAUCUUCCAUUCCCUGGAUGUCUGGCACGGGGCCAAAAACCUGACAAAGAAGCUAGUGAAAGCUGGAGGGGAGAAGGGCGGCAAAGACCUCCUGCCAUGGACGCGCGACAUUGUCAGACACUUCUGGUAUUGUUGUAAGCAUGCCAACAACUACGAAGAAUUCAUCGUGCUUUGGAAGGGAGUGCUGCAUCACGUGUGCAACGAGCACCAAUGGGCUACAGGGUCAUGUCAGCAUGACCCGAUUGACCCGGCAGAAGUGAGGACGAAGCCAUGGCUUGUUAAGGGCACACCAGCUCACGAGAAGCUGAGCAAGCUCAUCCUUAACAAGCGGUGGCUGAAAACAACAUUUAAGUUCCUACGCUUCCGAACAACGUCGGACUUAGAGUCCUUUCAGAAUCACAUUCUGAUGCGUCAGCCCCCCAGUGUACAAGGCCAGGUGUCAGCUUGCUGCAAUCGACUACAAUGCCCACAAGGACAGGCCGGUAUGGAAGAAUAAAGAUGGACAUAUCAUGUACAAGAGACGAUUUCAGAAGAAAUCCGAGAGAUGGUCCAUUUACGUGCCAAGGAAACCAAAACAGUACACCUACAUCAGGGAUCUGCAGGCAGCCAUACUCAAGGCAAGGAUUGACAAAAACCGCGGCAUGAGCAGAACUCAACCCAUGGCAGACAGUGAUCCCAGGCGAAGGGGUAACCUGGCAAAGCUACCACCACCGCCAACCAGCGAGCUUGUAGAGCAGCACAAGUCAAGAGUGGCUUGAAAACCAGGGAAUAGAGUGAGGUGUACUGAUGAAGGUAGUCAUGCAAUGCAAUCAUUAGGUUUCCUAUAUGCGGAUCUUACAUUAAAUGUUUUCGUCUUUCCCUUCUCCUGGACCGAAUGGAGCAUACAGUGAAAUUGUAACAAGUUUUGUUUCUCAGUUGUAGAAAACCUUUCAUGAACGAUUCACAUAUACAGGAUCCAAAUGAUGUCUGUGCAUUCAACUGGCUUCAUCAGUACCCUGGUUCCCCUUUAUCACAUGACAUAGAAAUUGUUAGGAGUUUUAACUAAAAUUUAGGAUCAAGUCAACAAGCCAUCCAUUUAAAAACAUUACAAGGUU